AUGGCGGCGCUGGUGGCGGCGGAGGCCGUGGCGCCCCCGGGCCGGGCCGAGGCGGCCGAGCCGGCCGAGGCGGCGGAGCUGAGCCGCGCCCUGAGCCGCCUGCUGCCCGGGCUGGAGGCCGACAGCAAGCUGGGCCGGCGGCGCGCGCUCGAGGCCCUGCAGCGCGCCCUGGAGGCGCCCGCCGCCGACCCCGCCGCCUUCCAGGGCCCCUGGGCGCGCCUGCUGCUGCCGCGCCUGCUGCGCUGCCUGGCCGACCCGGCCGAGGGCUGCCGCGCGCUGGCCGCGCACCUGCUGGGCCUGGGCCUGCGGCGCGCCGCGCGGCCCCGCGACGCCCUGCCGCGCCUGCUGCCCGCGCUGGCCGCGCGCCUGGCCGGCCCCGAGCCCGCGCGCCGCCCGCCGCCCGAGGCCUGCGAGGAGCUGCGCCUGGCGCUCGUGCAGCUGCUGCGCCUGGCGGUGGACCUGGGCGGCGCCGCGCUCGCGCCCCACCUGGACGACGCGGUGCGCGCGCUGCGCUGCACGCUGCUCGACCCCUUCGCCGCCGUGCGCCGCGAGAGCUGCGAGUGCGCCUCCGCCCUGGCGCGCGCCACGCCAGACCACUUCCACCUGCAGUCGGAGUCUCUGAUCAACCCCCUGAUGCAGAGCAUCUCCCACCAGCACUGGAAGGUCCGGGUGGCCGUCAUCGAGGCCUCCGGCACGGUGAUCCAGUUCGGCAGCGGGAAGUCAGUGGACGAUCUGCUUCCUCACUUUGCUCAGCGGCUCUUCGAUGGCGUCCCUCAGGUGCGGCAGGCGGUGACCCGUGUGGUGGGGGGCUGGCUUCUGGAGCUGCGGGACCGCUACUCCUUCUUCCACAAGCUCAUCCCCCUGCUGCUCAGCAGCUGUGACGACGAGAUGCCGCACAUCGCGCUCGAGGCGGCCGGCCUCUGGGAGAAGGUCGGCCUGCAGUGGCAGAAGGAGAAUGAGGAGGAUCUCAAAGACAAGCUCGACUUCACCUCUCCCCCUCCCGCCCAUCACCCCUCGCCAGAGACUCGCCCAGGGUUGGGCUGUCGGGAGCUCGUCUUCAGAAACCUCUCCAAAAUCCUGCCCGCCAUCUGCCACGACAUCACGGACUGGGUGGUGGGGACCCGGGUGAAGUCCGCCCAGCUGCUGGCCACGCUGCUGCUCCACGCCGAGGACCACAUCACCCAGCACCUCGAGGUCCUGCUCCGGACCCUGCUCCUGGCCUGUGCCGACGAGGAGAGUGCCGUGGUCAGCAGCUGCACGAGGUCCGCAGAGCUGAUCGGGACCUUCGUCAGCCCGGAGGUGUUUCUGAAGCUGAUCUGGCCAAUGCUGAGGAAGUCACCCUCUGCCUCCGGUCUCCUGGUCCUGGCCUCGAUCAUCCGGGGCUGCCCGAGGGAAACCCUGCGGCCGCACCUAAAAGCCGUGGCCACAGAGCUGGCCGGUGCUCACAUCUGUCAGGGGUCUGAGAACCGCCGAUACGGGGAGAACCUGCUGCUCUGCGUGCGGGCCCUGGUGUCCGUGGGCCGAGAGGACUGCCGGGGGUGCGGCCCGCAGCUCAUGCGGGUGCUGGUAGCUGUGAUGGCGCUCGCGGGUGCCACCGGCCUUGGUGACGAGGUUCAGGAGGCCAUGGACGCGCUGGCCGAGGUGGAGAGCGGCGGGGGCAGCCAGGACCUGUACCGCGCGCACCUGGGCGCCCUCCUGGAGUGGCUGGCUGAGUCCCAGCGGGACUGGACCGUGCACUCCCCCGAGCUCCUGCAGUUCAUUGUGCUGGUUGCCCACGCAGGCCCGGCUCUCGGCGAGGCCCUGCCCCUCCUGGUCCCCGUCCUCCGGAGCUGCCUCCAGCCAGACCGAGACCCGCAGCUGCGCCUGAAGGUCUUCUCCGCCCUGUCCCGGGUGCUGCUGACCGCACGGGAGACCGUGGACUCCCAAGGGCAGUUUCACUGCUACCUCGACACCGUGAUAAAGGACAUCUUGGUCCCCAACCUGCAGUGGCAUGCGGGGAGGACGGCGGCUGCCAUCCGCACGGCCGCGGUGUCCUGCCUCUGGGCCCUUAGCAGCAGCGAAGUCCUUUCGGCCACACAGGUCCAGGCCGCCCGGGAGACGCUGAUGCCCCAGGUGCUGACCACCCUGGAAGAAGACUCGCAAACAGCCCGAUUGGUCUCGUGCCGCAUCAUCCGCCUGUUUUUAAAAACCCCUGGCGGCGCCAUGGAUCCGGAUAAAUUCAUCAGGAUCUAUCCCGAGCUCCUGAGACGGCUGGACGACGUUUCCCGCGAGGUGAGGCUGGCGGCGGCCUCCGCCCUGGCCGCCUGGCUGGAGAGCCUCAGGGACGACGGCCGGAAGCCCUGCUGCCAGAGCGACGUCCAGCACCUGUACAGGGAGCUCCUGGUGCACCUGGAUGACCCCGACAGCGCCGUCCAAGACGCGGUCUUGGAGGUCCUCACGGCGGGCAGUGCCCUGUUCCCCGACCUCCUGGCACGGGAGACCGAGGCCGUGGUUCAUCAGCACCGCUCCCCCACCCGCUGCGAGCAGCUCCUGCAGCACCUGCAGGCCAGGCCGCCCGCCCAGUGAGCGGGGUCGGGGCAGGGCCGCCGGUGCCACCGCGUCCCGGGCCAGGGCUGUGGCCUUCGCCACAGGGCACCGUGUGUCAGCAGCCCGGGACCAGCCAUGGAUGCACGCCCUGAGGAGAGCGCCCAUCAUGCCCCUGCGCGGAACACGCCCCGAGCGGCUCCGCCUUCCCGCGUCCUGCGCAGACAGCCCAUGGAGAGCUGCCAAAGCCGACAGCUAAUCUGAGGUUAAGACUAAAUGUCCGCUGUGCACACUGGCAGCCAGACCCGCCCGUUCACUCUGUCUGAGGCCGUGGACACGGCUGCGCAGGCCGACUGGCUCCGUCUCGCCCAAAGGCCCACCGAGGACAUUUGUCACCACUAAGAAAAGCCAAAGGGAUUGAAAAGAAGUUUAAUUCUUUCUUGGGACUCUGUCCACUGACAGUCUCUCAGUGAACAGACUAAAAGGAAUCUGAAAUCCUAAGAACUGUUAUCAGUGACAUUUUCCCCAUUUAAAAUACACGGGACGUAAACCGCUCUGUGAUCUGACCAGUCAGCAUCUUUCCUUGGCGUUGAAAACGGGCAAUUUCAUCCGUGCAGGCUGCUCUCAUUCACAGCAGCACAAUGCUUCCUCCUCGAGCCCCUUCCGCACCCAAGUGCCUCAUAUUUCACGUUCAGUGGUUAUUAUUUCCAUAAGCCAAUACUGUGUAUAUGUU